AUGGCAUCUAACCCUUCUAGUCAGGUAUAUUUCGUGACCGGAGCAAAUAGAGGGCUUGGUUUUGGUUUUGUUUCGGCUCUUCUCUCCCGCCCAAACACCACUGUUAUUGCAACUGUCCGCAAUGACGAAGCUGCACAGAGCCUCGAGACACAGGCUCAAGAUAUCCCUCUCGUUGACAGUACCGCUCUUCACAUCAUAAAACUAGAUUUUUCUACCGCAGUUCCACCUGAGAAAAUUAGUGAGGCGAUUACUGCUCUCCCUGCUGUCGAUCACAUUGAUGUCCUAAUCUCCAAUGCGGGCUGCGUCCCCCCAAUGGCACCAGCUGCCAUGACUUCUGCCGCACACCUUCGCGCUGCCUUUGAAGUCAACACCAUUGCUCCGCUACUCCUCUUUCAGGCUGCUUGGCCACUUCUUCAAAAGGCUGCGAUACCCAAGAUGAUUUCUAUCACCUCUUCUGUAGGUUCAAUUGGCGGCCAAGAGCCCUUUUUUGGCGGAGCCUACGGGCCUAGUCGCGCUGCGGGGAACUGGAUAACUCGUGCCCUCCACAUUCAGCACGAGGGCCUGGUUACAAUAGCUCUCCACCCAGGCUGGGUGCAGACAAGGGCAGGGUACUUUGUUGCAGACCAAUGGAACUAUGCGACUGGCCCACCAGAAACAAUCGAAAAUAGUGUCACGAAAAUGCUCCAGGUCAUCGAUGAUGCGACUCGCGAAACGACCUCCGGCAAGUUCCUUUCUUACACAAGUCACGAGAUACCGUGGUGA